AUGGAGGAGAGCUUGAGGCUACAACUAGCCGAAGCCCGAUCAGAGAACGAUGAAGAAGUGCAGGCUGCCAAUGCCAAGAUGGCAGAACUAUUGCAAGAACGCAGAAGCGCAGAGGCAAGGAUCAAGUCGCUGAAAGCGAAAGAGCAGCAGCAACAGGCUCCAAAUAUUGCUGCCAAUGCCAAGAUGGCAGAGUUGUUGCAAGAACGCAGCAGGGCAGAGGCCAGGAUCAGGUCACUGAAAGCCAAAGAGCAGCAGCAACAGGAGAACUUUAGAGCACAGCUGGCCUCGGCUCAAUCUGAGAAUGAUGAUGAACUCCAGGCUGCCAAUGCGAAGAUGGAAGAGCUUGAGCGGGAGCGAAUCAAAGCCGAGGAGAGCUUCAAAUCACGGCUGGCCCAUGCCCAAAACAAGAACCGUGAAGAAGUGCAGGCUGCCAACGCCAAGAUGGCAGAACUGGAAGAAGAGCGCAGCAGGGCAGAGGACUGGGUCAAAAUCAUUACGGAAACGUAA